AUGGAGAGAAUUUUUUAUCAAUCAGAUGUUGUGGAUGCCUACACGGGUCAUCCCAUUUUCGUAUUUGAUACGUCAUACCUUCCACCUACAUCUCAAAUCGACUAUGAUCUUUUUAUUCCUACAAUGAUGAAGUCACUUCCGGACCGGCCAUAUGUUCUUAUUAUGUUUAGUUGUGGCCUCAACAAAAUCAAUUGGCUCUGGGGCGUUAAGUUCCUAAAAGCUUUCCUCUCUCCAGACCUACAAAACAGAGACAAUGUUGGCAAUCUUACGAAAGUCAUAUCCGUGCACGAAAGCUGGUUUGUCAAAUCCAUAUCACAAAUAUUAACCAACAUCUCCUUCUCGAGGCAGACACUCACAAAAUUGAAUUCAUUGUUUGGAAACAAGUCCAGUAAAAAUAAUAUCCUUAUAAGUUGUGAUUCACUUUCGGAACUUUCAUACUACGUGGAUAUCACCAAAUUGAAGCUAUCGCUUAACAUCUAUAAACAUGAUGCACAAUGCACACUCAGUCCCAAAAUUGAACUUAAUUGUCCACUUGAGCCUAUCCUUACCCCUUCCACACGCUACUCUCAAACAUCUGAUCCCGUUUUCUAUCAUCAUUUCUACCAGAUUUUUCGCAUUGUUGAUAUGUAUGGGCCAAACGUUGAGCUGAUCUUUCAUAGACCUGGAAACAGACUCAACACCGAGAUAUUGUUCUUAUGCAUAGUCAGAAAUCAACUAAUAUGGAUCAACGACUGGGAUUUGAACUGCAUUGCAUCCUGUUUCAAAAAGUUACUCUUGGAAGUUUCUCAGCCUCUCAUUCCCGUCGACAAGAUACCAUUGCCAAUGAAUGAUCUGCUAAAUUAUACAUUAGAGGUCUUGAAUGUCAUGAUGGCUGACCCAGAUACUAAUGUCCUCAUAUAUCAAAUUAUGGACUUGUGUUACCGCAUCGUUGAAAAUGCAGCUAUUACCAACCAUUCUCACUAUUCUAUACUGAAGAGCAUGUGCCAUGCGCUAACGCAUGAGCUAUUGUCGACACAAAAUAGAGACAGAAUAUCUAUCGGGACACGGUUCAUUAAGAAUGUCCUUUUGCAUUGGGAGAGAAUCCGUCCCCUUUACCAAAACAGAUUCGAGAGCGUGGAGCAAAUUGUUAAUGGUGAAACACUUCACAACCCGGCAAUUGAUGAACUGUACAACAUGUCACAUGAAAUUACCAUGAAUGAGGAUGAAUCAACUGAUGAAGAAACUCGUGACUUUAGUACCAAAAUGAUAUUAGAUGAUACAAGAGAACCAAGCGGGCACAUUAAUGAAAAGAAUGAAUAUUUCAAGAACAAAAAGGUCUCACCACUAGAGAAAGCGAGGGAAAUUUCGCAGAAGGUGGAAAGUGUACGUGAGAUGGAAAGGCAACAGGUAGAAAAGAAAAAUGAAAAUGAAGGUCGGCAAACAGGAAAGAUACGAAAUGAAAAAGAGGGAGUGCCGGAUGAGCCUCAAGAAGAACACAGUACCACUGAUACAAAGAGAGAUGAGACAUUGAAAUUCACCAAGAUAUCUAAUCCUGGUAAGAGGGUUCCUAAACGUUGCGAGACCAUUCAAGAAGAAAAACUGCAACCCAAUCAACUUAAAAGCAUUAAUGUUAUGUUACAGUAUCCCCCACAGAAAUAUCGAUUUGAACGUACACAGAAAAAUGACAUUGAGCACACAGACGCACAAGUACCUGAACCGAAGCCCAUUAAGAAGCCGGUCAUUCGUGGACGCAAGGUUAGCGAACUCACCAGACUCUUUGAAGAAAGAACACAAGCAUUUGAAAUCAUACGUACUAUUUAG